GACGUCUGUAGGCACGGCAUCGAAAACACAUUUUGUACAGCUGUGUUCUCUAAGAGGAGAGAUGACCGCCAGCGUGAGUGUCUCUGGAACACAGGACACACAGAAAUAUGAGAGACUCGGUACAGACUCACAGGAACCUCGGAGUUGGUCGAUGAAGAGCAAUCAGUCAAUGGUGUUUCCAUUGAACUUCAGAGAUGAAGAGAGUUCUGCUGCUCUGACCAAACAAACAACAAACAAGUAUUUCAAAAUCACCUGUAAAAAGCAGCUUGAUUUAAUAUUUAAGGAUCUUGAGCACAAAGUCAUCACUUUGUUGAAGAAUGAAUUAAUCAGGUUUAAAAAGCUCCUGAGUGAGGAUUACCCAGCAAGCAGUGAGGGGCAGGUGGAGGAAGAGGACGUUCAUCACAGUGUCCGAGAGGGAACGCUAAAGAUCACACUGCACAUGCUGGAGAGCAUGCACUACACAGACCUCGCUAACACACUGCACAACAAGUUGGGACGGCUCUCUGUGUAUCAGGACAAACUCAAAUCCACACUUUUGGAGAAGUGUAAAAGAAUAAAUAAAGGAAUCUCCCAGCAUGGAAGCUCAGCUCUUCUGAAUGAGAUCUACACAGAGCUUUACAUCACAGAGGGCUGGAGUGGAGACGUCUGUAAUGAACAUGAGGUGAGACAGAUUGAGUCGGCAUCCAGGAGAGCAGCAACACAGGAGAAACCCAUCAAAUGUAAUGAUAUCUUUAAAGACAAGUCCAUCAGAAGUGUGCUGACUAAAGGAGUCGCUGGAAUUGGAAAAACAGUCUCUGUGCAGAAGUUCAUUCUGGACUGGGCUGAAGGAAAAGCAAAUCAGGACGUCACCUUUAUGUUUCCACUUCCCUUUAGAGAGCUGAAUCUGAUUAAGGAGAAACAUCUCAGUCUGAAGAAACUUCUUCAUCACUUUUUUCCAGAAAUAAAAGAUUUGCACUUUAUAGACUGUAACGCCCGCAAAGUUGUGUUCAUCUUCGAUGGUCUGGAUGAGUGUCGACUUCCUCUGAAUUUCCAGAAGAAUGAGAGAGUGUGUGAUGUGACAGAGUCAGCCUCACUGGAUGUGCUGCUGACAAACCUCAUCAAGGGGAAUCUGCUUCCCUCUGCUCUCCUCUGGAUCACCUCUCGACCAGGAGCAGCCAAUCAGAUCCCUCCUGAGUGUGUAAACCAGGUAACAGAGGUACGAGGGUUCAGUGACCCUCAGAAAGAGGAGUACUUCAGGAAGCGGCUAAAUAAUCAGAGACUGACCAAUAAAAUCAUCAGGCACAUGAAGUCUUCAAGGAGCCUCUACAUCAUGUGCCACAUCCCAGUCUUCUGCUGGAUCUCAGCCACUGUUCUAGAGAGAAUGUUGGGUGAAGCAGAGGGUGGAGAGAUCCCCAAGACUCUGACUCAAAUGUUCACACACUUCCUGAUCUUUCAGAUCAAACACAAGGACCAAAAGUACCAUCAGAAAUGUGAUGCUGAUCCUCAGCAGAUCAGAGAGAGUAUACUGGCACUGGGAAAACUGGCUUUCCAACAGCUGGAGAAAGGAAACCUGAUCUUCUAUGAGGAAGACCUGAGAGAGUGUGGCAUCGAUGUCAGAGAAGCUUCAGUGUACUCAGGAGUGUGUACCCAAAUCUUCAGAGAGGAGCAUGGGCUUCACCUGGGGAAGGUCUUCAGCUUUGUACAUCUGAGUGUUCAGGAGUUUCUGGCUGCUUUAUAUGUGUUUCUUUGCUUUGUCUUGAAAAACAAAAAUAUUUUAAAGGAUCAAAACACUGGGGUGUUACCUCUCUUAAGAAAGCAGCACAUGUCUGUCUUCCUGAAGAGCGCAGUGGACAAGGCCUUACAGAGUGAGAACGGACACCUGGACCUGUUUCUCCGGUUCCUCCUUGGUCUCUCACAGGAGUCCAAUCAGACAGUUUUACGAGACAUACUGCCCCAGACAGGAAGCAGCUCUCACGGCAAAGAGGAAACCAUCAAGUACAUCAAGGAGAAGAUAAAAAAGAAUCCCAUUCUAGAGAAAUCCAUUAAUCUGUUCCAGUGUCUGAAUGAACUGAAUGACUAUUCGCUAGAGCAGGAAGUUCAAACAUCUCUAAACAGAGGAGGCAACAGUCGUCUCAGCGGAAUCAGGUUCUCUCCUUCUCAGUGGUCCGCUCUGGUGUUUCUGAUGCUGAACUCAGAACAGGAGCUGGACGAGUUUGAUUUGAAGAAAUAUGAUAGAUCAGAGGAAUGUUUUCUUAAGCUGCUAAUGGUGGUGAAAGCAUCUAGGAAAGUCUUACUGUUUGGGUGUAAUCUGACAGAGGAAAGCUGUAGAGCUCUGUCCACAGUUCUGAGCUCAAAGUUCUCCAGUCUGAGAGAACUGGACCUGAGUAGCAAUAACCUGCAGGAUUCUGGAGUAAUACUGCUCUCUGCUGGACUGGAGAAUCCACACUGUACACUGGAGAUACUGAGGCUGUGUGAGUGUAACCUGACACAAGAGAGCUGUAGAGUUCUGUCCUCAGUUCUCAGCGCGAAAGUCUCCAGUUUGAGAGAAUUGGACCUGAGUGUCAAUAACCUGCAGGACUCAGGAGUGACGUUCCUCUCUGCUGGAUUGGAGAGUCCACACUGUACACUGGAGAUACUGAGGUUAUAUCAGUGCAAUAUUAAAGCUGAAGGUUGUGCUGCUCUGGCUUCAGCUCUUAGAAGGAACUCAUCACACAUGAGAGAGCUGAAUGUGAGCAGAAACCAUCCAGGAGAACUAGGAGUGAAGCUGCUGUCUGAUCUACUGAGGGAUCCUCACUGUAAACUAGAGACACUACAGAUUGAAACAUAAAGGGGAGAGGAUCUUUCUCAGUGUGUGUGUGUGUGUGUGUGUGUGUGUGUGUGUGUAAAAACAAAAUUUUGGAACAAAUACCUUUUUUGCAUGUGGCCUCUGUACACCACCGCACUGAGUUUGAAAUGAAACACUUGAGAUGUGAGUGAAGUCCAGACUUUCAGAUUUUAUUUAAGGUCUUUGACAGAAGUGUGACAUGAACCAUUCAAAGCCUGACAAAGUGUCUAAAGGGAGGAAACCCAGCAUGUGGUCAUGUCCAUGGGUUCCUGACUUCACUAAGUCACUAAGUGUAAAGGAUUUUCAUCCAAUCAUCCAAAGUCACUCCUUAUGUUUGUAAUUAUGUUGGUCUGUUCCAUUACUUAUGAGCCCCCAAAUGGUGUGGGUUUACUGAAAUUGCUGUACUUGCUGAAUUUUUAAUGCCACACUUUUGUGUUACAUGAUCUCAGGCUGUUCUGUCAUAUGAAUGUGAAUCUGUGUUGCUUUCGCAGCAGUACGUUUACUCUCAUGCUUUGUUUUGGGGGGUUUUCCUGAGUCCUAGAACCAGUUUAUGUACAGUUUGUCAUUUGGCACACACACACACACACACAC